AUGUACGCCAGAACAAACACCGGCAGCACACACGGAGACUUUCAAGAUAGAAACGGAGUAAAUUAUGUGACAUCGACAGAGUCCUUCGGUCACUGCUCUCAAUUGUUCUGGAAAAAGGAUCCCAACGACUCCGGACCGAGUUCGACCAUCAGCUGGUGCGAUCAGCUCCCCACGUCCUCAGCAGCCCUCUCCAGCUCCAGUCUCUCCUCAACGUCACUCUCCAGCUCCAGUCUCUCCAUGGAGUCCCGAGCGCCGGCACCGGCGACAACGGCGUCAGACGACAUGGAGUCAGACGAGAGACCGUACGUGUGCGACCUGUGCAGCUGUGCCUACAAGCACGCCAGCUCCCUGCUCAACCACAAGCUCACCCACAAAACUGGAGACUUCAGGUGCGACUUCUGCAGCAAGCCCUACACCAACUACAUGUCCCUGCGCAACCACAUGCGAAUCCACGGUCAGAAGCGCUACAUGUGUGACUUGUGUGGGAAGGCCUUCCGUCUGGCCCGGUACCUACGUAACCACCAGAGGAUCCAUGACGACGGGCCCAACCGCUUCGACUGUCCCUCCUGCUGCAAGAGCUACAGGACCAUGCUGGAGCUGGCCCAGCAUCGCUGCACUGCCGCUGUGUCCAACCAGUCUGGCGGCCGUCGUUCCAAUUUCUCCGCCAAUCCUCGCCGUCAGCAACAGCAGCAGCAGAACAGUGCUAACUCCAUGAUGCAACCGCAGCAUGGAGGACACGGCCAGCAGGAUCCUCUGCCCUCCCACUGCGUGUCGCCAAUGUCUCAGGGAGGGCAGGGCGGCAGCCAGUCUGUGCCUGACCCCCACCAGGGCCGUCCCAGCUCAGUGUCCUCCCAGAGCAGCCAGCAGAGCAUGAGGAGCUCGUCCUCCAACAAACACGUCUCCUCCUCCAGCGCCACCCCAUCCUCCUCCUACUCCCUGCUCCAGCCCCUGGUGCCUGAGGUAAAGGAGAUGAGCUCGGGAUACACUAGGCUGAGCGCCAACCCCAUGCCGAAGCACCAGGACACUUUCUCUCUGGCCCCCCAGCGGCCCCUAACCACCAUCAACCCCAUUGGCCACUCCCUUCAUCCGAACGGAGCACCCACGCUCAAGCCUUCCCCUGUGCCACGCACCAUCCAGGCCAUGCCCUGGGAACAGCGCUCCCUCUACAAUCAAUGA